UGUUUUCCUUCACUCUGGAUCAGCAGACGAUUUAUUGCUUAAAUAAACCGGAUGAUUCCGGAGAUAGUCGAUGUAUCACAAUUGGUUUUCCUUAUGAAAUUAUAUGGUUAUGAUAGCCUUAUGUGCAUAGUGUUGUUUUGAUUAAGUUGUAACUUUAACACGGGCUGCUCAAUCAUUUGAUUUAGUAUAUUGUUGCCUGAAGGGUGUUCGAACUUGGUGAUGUCCCAUUGAAGUGGGUAGUAAUGGGGGGUGUAUCUAGCACGGAUAUCAGUUGUUAAGUGUGGCAGGUGUAUACCUGUCUAGACUCACAGAAUGGCGUCUGUUGACGGAAAUCAGAAGGAGGCGUACUUUGUACGUCUAAUGAUGCUUCUUAAAGAGGCAGAGAAGGUCCUUAGAGCCAAGUUUGACUCCAUUAUCAAACCUGUACAUUUAACUAGCACACUCAUGAAAGCACACGGAACAAUUAGAAAGCUGAAGGACGAUGGCUUUAUUUCAAUGAACCAAUACAAAUUGUUAAAUCCUAAUCCGAAAUCUGAAAACUUUGAUAUAACUUUGUUAGCUUGUCUUCUUCGAAACAUUUGUAACUUAAACCCUAAAGACAAGGUUUGGAACGAGAAAGAGAAUUCUAGCAUAAAGGGCAACUCAGACCAGGCGAAUGUCCAGCGCAUAUUAAACCUGAGAAACCUGAUGUCGCACAAACCAUUGGCGCUCUUAGAGCAACACGAAUUUGAUGAACAUUGGCAUAUACUAGAACUGGCAAUGAUUGAUCUCGGUUCCAAGUGCGGAUUGGUCAACAUCAAGACUACAGUCAGUAACAUAAAAACAAAAAGAUGGGACCUUGAGACAUGUGAGAUGAAAAGUCUUCGAGAAAACACAAAGUGGUUCUUAGAAAAAUAUCAGAAGGAAGAUCAGUUUUACGUCAAGACUAAUUUCUGGAAUCAAGCAAACACAAUGCUUACCGAAAAACAUAUCAUAAUAUUGACUGGAAAUCCUGGUGAAGGAAAAACAACCAUGGCAGCGUACCUAGCGCUAGAAAGAUCUAAACCCGAAAAGUGUUUGAAGCUGGCUCAUGCUAACGAUUGGAGAAAGGUUGACUGGUCGCUGGGUUUAUUUAAUACGGUUAUUAUCGAUGAUAUAUUCGGUGCACGGGCGUUGGAUUCAAACAAUUUAUCAGAGUGGAGACCUUUUCUUCAAGAAAUAGAACGAGCCGCAAAACAAGAAAAACUGAAUGUUAUUUUAACUUCGAGACGUUAUAUUAUUGAAGAGGCAUUUGAUGAAUUGAAUACCUACACUAACAUGUUUAAAGAUGAAGUUAAAAAUUGUGUGCAUCUAACGUCAAAUGAUCUAACAGACUCUGAGAAAAAGGACAUUCUCGUUCAACAGGCAAGACUUAAUGGCAAAGAGGAUUUCAUUAAAGACCAUAGCAUUAAUAUUGACGAAUGCGUUCUGAAAUCUAAGGGCACUCAUAAUACUGGUAUUGAUAGAGAGCAAAAUUUCGUUUUUGGAUUCCCAGAGUGUGCCAAUUUGUUUGUGACUGGGGAGAACAUAAUGAAAUUGGGAGCCAGGUUUUUUGAAAGCCCCGAGUCUCAUUUCAAGACCUAUGUCGAGCAGUUGUAUAACUCAAGAGACGAAGACAUGUUUCACAAAUUUCUUAGUCUUGUCCUUGUGUGGGCCGAACAAAGCGGCCGCAUUAAAGAGGACGAUAUUCUUAACGCAUCGGUCGUUUCGGAGCACAUAAAACACGUGGCAAGUAUAUUUGGAAUAGAAAUCAACCAUCGAUUUAUUGAAAAUAUAAAGGUUUCUUUACAAAGUCAUCAGAAUGAUUUCCUGAUACACAUAGGACAUUCUGGAGAGUAUGUGUUCAGUCAUAACGUCGUUGGCGAUAUGGUGGGCGUUGUCCUUGGGCAACAAAGACACAAACCCGUGGAAACAAUUAAACUGUGUUCACGCGAUUUUCUGAUGGAUAGGGUUGUUUUGCAUGAAGAUGACUCAAAUAACAAUGCAUUUCGAGUCGUUGUUGGCAAAGCAAACUAUGAACAUUUGUGCAAAAGGGUGGCAGACAUGAUUCUGCGAAAUAACUGCAAUCAUGUUAAUAAAAAGGAUAACACGGAUGACUUUAAAGAGCUGCAGCGUGGCGGUCAACGGUCAAAUAAAAUUGAAGUGGUAUAUGAACUUGAUUUUGGCAUUUUAAAACAUAAAAUGUUCACGAAUGAAGUUUUUGUCAAUGAUUUCAUACAAUUUAUCAAAAAUGAAAAAAUACAGGAACGCAUUUUGCAAACACCAGUCAUGAAAAUGAAGGGGUAUUUUUUACAUUAUGGUAUUCAAAUGAAUGAGAUGACGAUGUGUGUUCCGGGCUAUCUUUUAUAUAGUGGCAUGAGCAUAUUUGCGAAAAGGUUGAUUGAAGAAAGCGUUAUUCAAAAGGAUUCAAAUGCCACUCUGUUACUUGCUGCACACUCAGGUGACACACAAAUGUUAGAACUUCUUAUAUCAAAAGGUGCGAAGGUUACUGGAGAUACAGUUUAUGUUGCUAUGCACAAUAGCAAGACUACAUGUUUACAAGCAGUAAUGAGGGGUAAUACUGCUGUAAAUGAUAACGGAAACAUUGUAAAUGGUAAUUAUCCGAUUAUUGUAGCGAGUAGGAAAGGAUUGAAUGAAGCCGUUACGUGCAUGUUAAAAAAUGGCGCAAAUCCAUCUUUGCAAAAUGAGAAGAAUAUGACCGCCUUGCACAUAGCAGUUCUUUAUAACCGAGCUUCAAUUGUAAAGGAACUUUUGGAACAUGGAGCACAGAUUAACCGGAAGAAUAAGAAAUAUCAGAGGACUCCACUUCACAUUGCUGCCGACAAAGGCCACGCUAAUAUCGUACAAUAUUUACUGGAAAAGGGCGCAGAUAUAAAUUCCAAGGAUUGCAGAGGCCACUAUCCAAUAUUCCUGGCAGCUAUUUGCGGUCAUGUUUCGACCGUGAAAGUGUUUUUAAAACACAAUAAACAACAGGACCAAAUGCGUGUAAAAUCCUAUGGAACAAAAUCACUUCUGAAAGGCAUGUCGUUAUAUCACGUUGCUGUUUGGAAAAAUAACAAGAAGAUGAUUCAAAUGCUUAUAGAAGAAAAUGCCGAUGUAAACGUAAAAGAUUUCUUUGGUCAGACGCCUUUGUUUUAUGCCAUUAUGAGUAACAAGAAGAGGCUUGUUAACAUGCUACUUACUCGCGCAGAUCAAACAAUAGCUCAGAAGCAGGGUUUUACUCCACUUCAUGCUGCAAUCUUCAAAGGAAAUACUGAAUUAGCAUCGAAACUUUGUGAAAAAGGCGAUGUCAACCGACAAGAUAAGUACGGCAGAACUCCACUUCACGUUGCCUGUGAAAAAGGAAAUAUUCGGAUGGUUAACCUUCUACUUAAUAAAUGCAACGCUGACGCUCACUUAGUUACGAAAAGAAAGGAUACGGUGUUUCAUAUUCUUCGGAGAAAAAGGCCCAACCAGGACAACAAAGAUCACUGCAAACGUCGUUUGAUCGAACGUAUGAUUCAAAACAAAGAUCCGACAGUUUUUGAUGAACUUAAAAUAAUUAAAAACAAAAGUGGAGUGUGUAUAGACAAGAUGCAAAAACUUACAGCUGCAGAUGAAAAACAAAUUAAAAAACUCGAAAAGGCUCUGUUGGGUAAUUUUGAGAACGCUGACAUUACAGUCAAUGAGGAUAGUGCAACGCAUGAAUCAAAUUCAGACUCUGAUGAUGACGAUAACGAUGAUUACCAGGAUAACGAUGAGGACAAUAGUGAUACUGAUUUUGAUGACGAUAACGACGAUGACGGUGAUGACGGUUAUGACAAUUAUGAAGAUGAUGACAAUGAUGAUUAUGACGAUGACGAUGUUAAUGAAGAUGAUGAUGAUGAUGAUGAUGAUGAUGAUGAUUAUAAUGAUGAAGAUGGUGACGAUGAUGACGACAUGUACUCAUAAUAAUAAGUAACGUUUUAUUGAUUUGAGCAGACACGCUUUCGUAGAUGUUUCAUACAGUUAGGAGAACAUUCAAAAUGUAUAAGCCUCAAUAGUGCAUAGUUUGAUUCCGUUCGAUUUCUAAUAUUUAUAUAUUAUCACAUGGUUGAUCAAAAUUGAUGUUUACUGGUAGCUUAACUAUUUAAAUAGCUUAACUGUCGAGUACAAUCUAAAUUGAAUAUAAAGUGUAUGUAGUGUACUAUUAUGACACUAUUACAGUACUUUCUGUGAUAUUGACUUGCAUGUGAUAGUGCUGGUGUAUAUGUUGACAUUUUUAAGUGCUUACUUUACAUGUGGUGGCAUAUACGAUGUAAUAUAUGAGCACUUAAUGACCAAAGAAUAAAAUGAGAGAAAUAGUGGACCAUAGAACAAAAUGGAAAAAUUCGCGUCACCUCUUUCAUUUAGCAGCUCAAAUAAUAGUGUAUGUUUUCAAUAUUUAUCAUUUCUUUACUUAACGAACAUACGAUAUGGAUACGAAGUGUUGGAAGUUAUAAAUUCAUCCAUCUGUAUCUGCGAUUUAAGCUCCCAUAAAUGUAUAAUGAUUGUCUUAUUUAAUAUGUCCAUUAUUAGGUUCUGUGUUAUGUAAUCUGUAUGAAUGAGAUUAGAAUGGUUGUUUGCGUUUUAUUAUGUAAUAUGAUUAAAGUGCACAAUAAUUUUGAACAGGA